AUGACCGAUCGCGUCGCGUUGGCUCAGAAUGACGUCAGUCGGCAAUCGCAACUCAACCAGCGUCGCAACCUGGCCGACAACCCACGCUUUCAGGCCGCCUUGCUUCUCACCAUCGUUGGCCUGGGAAGCGCGAUGAUCCUGCUGCUCAGCGUCGUAUUCAGAGACACCGGUGGCGAAGGCUCGCUGACUCAUGACCUGCUUAUGAAGGCCCUCGCUUGGAAACGUGAUCAGCGCUUACUGGCCGAGGCCUACCGGCGCUCCAUGGAUCGCACCGUGGAUCCUUGUGCGGACUUCGAGCGCUUCGUCUGCGGAAACUCGGAUUCCGCCGACCUGCUUCGCGACGUGCAGUCCAGGGCACUGGCUGAGGCCGGCCGGCAGUUGGCGCAGACGCUUGUUCCCGAUAUCGAGGACAGUGGCGACAACCUGACGGCCGUGCAGAAGGCGGCCUCGCUGUUCCAGCUGUGCGUGCGCCUUCCUUCGCUGGAGGACGACGCGGCGCCGAAGCUAUCGGACCUGCUCCGCCAACUGGGACUUGGAUGGCCGCCGGACCCUCUACCCCCGGGAUUCGUCGAGGAGACGCCUGCGCCCACCCGAAUCGAGGCCGAAGCGCUGCUCGUCAAGUUGAUCGCGCUUUCGCUGCGCUGGGGCUUGCACACGCUGUUGCGAUGCCAGGUCGAACCGGAGCGAAAGCCGAAUGGAUUGCUGGUGCUGACCUUGCGAAGCAGUGACGAGCUGUCCAACUGGCUCGAGGCUCGAACCGAACUGCAGCGCUCGGAGACGUACAACGACGCGCUCGUCACUGUGGUGGCCGGGUUUCACUGGCCUGGGGGUCGACAGCAGGCCUUUAGUGUCGUCCGAAGCGUCGCCAGUGCAGAUCGCCUGCUCAGUGCACUCAUCUCGAACACCAGCCUCUGGUCAGGCACUCACAUAAGUGCACAGACAUGGCGCCAGGUGGCGUCGCAGGUCGCUGGCCGACAGGUGACACCCUCUGUGGACUCAUCGACGCUGCUGACGGCGCUCGAGUACUUCGUGCUCAAAAUGACCGACGACGCUUCAGUGAUGGCCGCAUGGCUCGUUACUGCGCAAGCUCGCCCCUGUCAGCGUGACACCUCUACUCGAUGA